UAGGGGGAACCAGUGAGAGGCAUGACAUUACAGUCAUAAGGUUUGUGCCUGGCUGGACCACGACGUGCUGAACAGCACGUCUCAUUUCUUGCCUGACGACUCAUCCUGAAUUUAAUUCCGCUGCUAUACCGAUUGCUACACAGAGAAGAAACGUUAGUGGGCGUGGCGUUUGGCCGGAGCGAUGUGGAUGGGCAGCUAGGCAAUCUCAUUUCGGCCAUGAGCUAAAAACACACAACUUCCUUUCUCAGUUUUUUUUAUACCGAAACAGAGGUGGGUGGCCACUUUGUUAUUGUUUCAACAAGGACUCUAGCUUUGAGAGUAUAUUCUAGAUACCUGUAAAUAAUUUACAUAAUGUAAAAUUGUAGGCCUAUGUAAAGGACGUCACGCCGCUUGCGAGUACCACCGCCACCGAGAAGCGACAGUCGAUGCCACUCGAAAAGCUAACUAUUCGCUGGCGCAAGUGGGGACAGUUCAGGCUGAGGAGUUUCAUACAUCGCCAUGUGCUACACCUACUGUAGCCAAGAUAUGAAGCAUUGGCCAAUCUGAAUCAGUGCUUGACUUGGGUAGGAGCUCCAUCACCUCAAAUGUUUUACUGCUUGAGCUCCUGUUCAUCUUAUACAAUGUUAGCUCAAAAGUGUCGUGGAGCUCCUGCACCUAAAUAUAAACAGUACUGCCACCUAAAUGAGUACCGGAACCUAUUUCAAUCUAAGUCAAGCACUGAUCUGAAUCAAAUUAACAUAGGCCCAUGCCCACUAUUUUAUAGCCUUACGUUAUAGUAUGCAUAUUAUAAUACUGUUAUAAUGGGCUAUUUGAGAUUAUAUUGUAUUUGACAUCUUACUAUAGAUUACAUAAAUGUUAGGGUUAGUCUUAAUUAUAGAUAUUGAAUGAAAUAGUCAGCAACAUAGUGGACACACCAUGCUGUAAAUCACGAAUUGUAACAAGCAGCAAAUCCAGGUCUAGAAAUUGUUACAAUUUCUUAGAUAACAUGGAAAUUAGCAACAACCUGUCAACUGCAAUUUGUUCUCACGCCCCCUCCCGUUUUCUCUCUACAUUUCCACCACGUCACUUCUGAGCGCCCUGUUGUAGCGGAGUUGUCAUGGCAACGACGUUCUAUCUCCACUCCAAACACUUCGUGGGCCAAGCACGUCUUUGACUUUGUUUGGGGUUGUCUCCUGAUAGCUGCAAAACUGUAAUAAAUAUUUGAUGACUAUUCUAUGUUACUGCCUAUUAAGUUGAAUGUAAAACCCCCAGGGAGCAAAUGCUUGUAUGGUAUUGCUGAGGAAAAUGUCGAACUCGACCCCCUUUAAUGAUUUCACCCUGAAAGGCUCAUCUUAGAAUGGACAAAUUCAAGGAAUGGGAUCAGGCGCCUGUAGAAGUGGCUGAAGACAGAAGUGUGGCAGUCGAGUACACAGGAUGGGACCAGAGUUGCCAACUACCCAACAGGGGCCAUGUUGAUUCCCUUUUGGAUAUCAGUGAUGAAACCUCAUCCAAAGAGCAGGAGCCAUUUGAGUUUCUCUGUCUCUCCGGAUGGGAGGAAGCUAUCCGGGGCUGGGGCAGAACUACUCCACUUGGCUGCCUGGUUCAGACCCAGAGGAGAGGAAAGAGGGUCAAGACUGGAGACACAGACCACCACUGCCACCUGUGUGUGGACCUCGUGAAGCUCUCGGACCCCCCUGACUCUGAAUUCAGCUUAACCCACUCCCCUGAGUCCUUCUGGGAUUCCACCGUGGACCCAUGGGAGAAACCCCCCCCCACAACCCUGGGAGACUUCCUGAACAGACCCUACAGUCAAACCUCUAGCAUCUCUUCAGAGGAGUCCCCACCAGAGUCCUUCAGGGACCUUCAGAAAGCCACACAGCAACUGACACUCCGAGACAAGAUGGUGGAGGACAAGGCUGAGGUGUGUGAGAUCAGUGACUCACUGCUGGGCUCGGCCCCCUCCCAGGGUCACCACCACUCAGCCUCAGAGUGUCCCAUGACGCUGAUCAUCAACAGCUUCGCCGUCCUACCGCCCGUGAAGACCUCCCAGCCCAGACACCCUAAGGUCACCAGCCAGCUCCGGAGGGGGGACGCUGGACCGGGACGCAGCGCCUCAGACGGGGAGACCGCAGAGGCUGGGUCAGACGGUGUCACACCUGCCGGGGAGAGUGGAGGAGGUGUGGAGAGCCAGCAGAGCCGCCACCUGUUAUCUGCUUUCAGCAUCCCCAUCCUCAAGAGAUGUGACAUGCCCCUCAGCACACUGUCAGAUCCUCUACCCCGCGCCACCUACCCCCUGGACAGACACCUCAGACAGGAUCCCCGGACCAGCAGUGCUCAUAGACUCUACUUUGGACUGAAGACCAAGAGCCUGAAGCGUGCAGAGCCCCAGCUGCCCAUUCUGUUUGGAACCAGGGUGCCCAUCCCAGCCUCUGCACAGAGACUACUCUGAACAGAGACUGUUACUUUGCACUCCAUACUCUCUCCCAACCCAAAAGCUCAGCCUUUGUGGGUUUGUGAUUAAAAAGAAAAUUUCUGUGAAAUUUCUUCAUAUUUUUUGUAUGACACUGAUGACUGUAUAAAAAAAAAAAAGCUGUGACGAA